AUGGAACUGGCUUCAUCCAAUAGCAAUACAAUCACUGAUAUCUUUCGCAAUUGGGCUCAGCAGCAUGGUUCUGUGGCGCAAUUCAGCGUCAUGGGGGCGAAGCAAGUGGUUCUAUCUGAUGAGAAGAUUGUGAAGGAGCUAUUUGUCAAGAGGGGACAUAGGUAUUCUGAUCGAGGAGCCCCUCAUGCAGUGGAAUAUAUAUCAAUGAAUCAAAACCCGGGUUUCCGACCCAAGGACGAGGGCUGGCGUCGUCAGAGAAACUUGAUGCACAGCGCGGUCUCCAUCACCUCCAUUAAUAAAUACCAAAUAUUAAUGGACAAUGAAGCAAUCAUCACUCUUCAUGCGUUGCAUGAAUCACCGCUGUCAUUUGACAAAGAAUUUCUACGGUACUCUUACUCCGUCCUCACCAGUUCGCUGCUUGGAUUCUCAGUGCGCUGCGCCUCUGACACUUAUAUUCAACAAAACGAAGAAUUCACUGCCGAAAUCAUGAAGUCUUUCCGCCCAGAUUGCUUUCCCAGUAACGUGUUCCCAUUUCUGAGAAAAAUGCCCUUCUGGCUGGUCCCAAGUUUGAGAACAAUGGAGAGACUUAGAAAGGAGUACGUUGCGCAAAUGUGGUUGUUCAGGAGCAAGAUCGAGAAGAGUGUCAGAGACGGUUCAGCAACGGAGUCUAUCUACAAGCACUUCCUCUUGAACCGGGGCGAUUACGCCGUUACGGACGAAGAAUCUGUUCAUACAUUUCAAGGCAUGAUAGACGGUGGGACGCGCUCUCCUCAUAACAACUUGCUCGCAUUCCUGUUCUUGAUGAUGGAGUAUCCGGACUGGCAGAGGAGGCUUCAGGAGGAAGUGGACCAUGUCGUUGGAAAAGAUAGGAUGCCAAGCCAUGAGGAUAUUCCCAACCUACCUACAGUGAGAGCCAUAGUGAAAGAGGGAGUCCGAUACAGGAGCAUAGUGGCAGAAAUGGGCAUAACCCAUUGCCUCAGUGAGGAUGAUUUUUACGAGGGCUACUUUUUUGAAAAGGGAACAGUGUUCCACGCGCCAUUCGAAUCUAUCCUCAUGGAUAAGGAAACAUAUCCGGACGGACUCCUGUUCAACCCUGCACGCUGGCUUGAACCCAGCUAUCCAACCUACAAGGAACCUUUAACUACUUACCCAAAUUGCCACAAUUUUCCAGCUUUUGGGUAUGGCAGACGAGCUUGCCCAGGAGUCGAGUUUGCGGAACGCACCUUGGUCAUCAUAAUUGCCAAAUUGGGAUGGGCAGUAAACAUCCGGUGGCCUCGGGACGAAUUUGGUAAAGAGCUUCGGGAGAAGCUUCGGUAUGAGCCGGUGCCCGCCCCGAGACCUAUGAAGUUUGGCUGCAGCAUCGAGGCUCGGGACCCAGACCGGAUCAAGGUUGUUCAGAGGGCAGUUGAGAAAUUGAAUGAGGAAUAUCAUUCGGCGUAA